CUCAGAGAUCUCUCUCUCUCUCUCUAUAUAUAUAUCUCACUCACUCAUUCUCUCACACACACAGACACACACUCUCUCUCAAUUACUUGGAGGGUGUCCGUGCUUGGACUCUGCUGCACGUCUUCAACCAAACGGCUGGCUGAAUACGAGCUCCAACGAACCGAGGGGUAGCUUAGACCCUUGACUCCCAAGCUUUAAUCCGUACUGCUGGACAACUCUUUCUAAGCCGACUGACACACUGCCCGACUUACAAUCAAUAACCCCUUUUGUGAGGGAAAAUCGACCUUGGUCACCCACUAUGAUCGGAAAGCUCGCAUGGCGGAGCUUUAGCUUCGCAUACGGCGUCAUGAAUCUCGCCGUCAUGGUCGCGAUUGCGGGGCUGCGGGACGGAGCGUUUACGAAGAGAAUAAGUGAAGAGGAGAGGAAGGAGCUUGCUAUUGCCCAGAAGAAAUACUGGGAUUUGUCCAGCGAGCCGAUUCCGGGGUUCCGCCAUGCGUUCUUAAUGCUGAAGAGCGGGGUGAAGUUGCAUUAUGUUGUUAACGGGCCGGUGGGAGGGGCGAAAGGGACAAAUGUUGCUGUGUUUAUCCAUGGUUUUCCAGACUCCUUCGCUCUCUGGCGCGCCCUCCUCUCCUCCCCCGCACUCCAAAACCAUAUCCUCGUCGCUGUGGACCUUCCAGGGUACGGAGGUAGUGAUAGCCUUCAGAAAUACGAUGCGGAAACAAUAUUGGAGGCUAUGGCGGGGUUUCUGCUGGGGAUGAGGGAGUUGUAUCUCACAGAUGGAGGUAAAAUGGCUGUUGUCACGCAUGAUUGGGGUGGAAUUGUGGGUGCCCGACUGGCGGCCGAGGCACCGCAAUUAGCGGAUCGGUGGGUCAUUGCAAGCUCUGUACUCCCCCAACAAACCUACUCCAACAUCCUAAUCACCAUCGCCUCCGCGCGCCAAAUGCUGCACACAUGGUUCCGUUGGCCAUUCAACCCGCGCCUCCUCAAAACCGCCUUCGCAACCCUCCAACCUGUGCUCCUACAAACCGCCUGCUCCUUCUACGUCUUCAUCCUCAACCUCCCCGGCCCCAUCGCCAACGCCUUCGCCCGCAUGGGAAACUUCUGGUUCCUGCGCCUGCUGCACUGGGUCCAGGCCGGCGUGCUCACUGCGGACAGCAAAUUCCACCGCGCACUCUCGACGCAGGAAGCUGCAGAUUGGAUGGCUAUGAGCACCGGGCCUGGGCCUGGGCAAUUUCCUACUUCCAAAUUAUCCCUAACCAACAGCGACAAACCCCAACAAACCUACCCCCAAUCCGUCUACACCCGCAUCCCUGACCUUGGCAUGUCCCAAAAAAUCCGCUUCUACCGCGAGAACCUGAUCCUCGCGCCCUGGGAAAAAUCCCUCGAAACCGUCGUCGCGCUAUCUGAACUCGACGGCAUGCAUCCCCGCCGUUCCUCCACCGGCGCGGGACUCUUCGAAGACGGACCGCAGGGAUCUUUGAAAGCACCGGCGACGAUUGUGUAUGGGAAGCAGGAUCCCGCGUUUUCGCCGCGGUUGGCGUUGGAUGGGAUCGCGGAUUAUUUGGUCAGGGGGAGUAAGGUUGUGUUGAUUGAGAAGGGGGGGCAUUGGCUGCCGUUUGAGGAGUUAGGGGCGAGGGUGCUAGAGAGGAUUGUUGAGUGGGAGUUUGAGAGUUUGGAGGGGGAUAUGCUUGGGGGUUUGGAGGAGGUGAAGGUUAUGGUGGAGAAGUGAGUGAGUUGGGGAUGUUGAUAUGACUGGCUGACUGGCUGGCGGAGCGUAUGACGGGCUUGGUCUGAGCUGGUUUGGAUAGGGUCUGGGGCAAAGAUGUCUGGAGAUGAGGUGAGACGGAUGAGGAUUAUAAACUGGUCUCGAGGCAUGGCAUGUAUAGUGCUUGGGCGGGGAUUUGUUUUGGUCCGUCUGGCUUGCGAUAUUGCAUGCAGAUAUGUUAUGCUGCGAUGACGGCCGGCCGGCGCUAUCGCGUUUGGUGUUUGUAUGAUACCACUCCAUUACC